AUUCCAUCGUGAUUGGAUUUUGGGUUGGUCUUGCAGUUUUUGUCAUCUUCAUGUUUUUUGUCCUGACCUUGCUGACGAAGACAGGAGCACCACAUCAAGACAAUGCAGAACCUUCAGAAAAAAGAUUUCGCAUGAACAGCUUUGUGGCAGAUUUUGGAAGACCGCUGGAGUCAGAGAGGGUCUUUUCUCGUCAGAUAGCUGAGGAAUCCCGGUCGCUUUUCCAUUUCUGUAUUAACGAAGUGGAACACUUGGACAAAGCAAAACAAAGCCAGAAAGGUCUGGAGAGUGACAUCCACUUCCAGGAAGCUCCCCGGAGCAGUGGAGUGUUUGAGGAGGACCUAAAUUGUCUUACAAAAUUUAACAUUCCUAACUUUGUGAACACUGAGCAGAACUCUUCACUGGGUGAGGAUGAUCUCCUCAUCUCAGAGCCACCAAUCAUUUUGGAAAGCAAAUCAGUCAUGCAAUCUUCCCAUCGGAUCCUUGACUGA